GGGUGGGGCUGGCAGCACCCCGAAGCCAGCGCCACACCGGCGCGGCACCCCGGCUUGCCCGCCACAGCUCGGUGCUCCAGUUUUUUGCUCGGGUUUUAGCCACCGGAGGGAUCCCCCAAAAGACCGAAGCACCGCGCCGGUGCUCGGCUGCCGUCUGCCAUGCCAGCGGCUGCCCGGCUCCCCGGCCCAAGCCCUGCCGGGUGACUCAGCUCUGAGUCUCCUUAGGAGAGUCCUAAUUCCCCGCAGCUUUCCCGGCCUUAUAAGGAGUGAUUGCAGCGCUGGGUUCGUUUGGUUAAUGGGUUAUUACGGUGAUAAGCGCCUCUGUAACGCCGGUGAUCUCCAAACGCCAGAGCUGUUUGCUGCUGAGCCUCGGCGAUACCCUCUGGGUCAGGUCAGGCCUGUUUUUAUUUAACAGUCAGGAUGGACAGACAGACCGAGUGCCUUCCCUGCGGUUGCAAAAUGCCGCGUCGGGAUCGCCAGCUGUGGGUCAGUGCCGCCUCUCCUCCGCCCGGGAUGUGGUCGGGAUUUGCGUGGUUCCCUCUUCCCCAGGAGUGGAGUUGGGGUCUCUCCCUCCACCCAAAGUGAGGAUUUUUGGGCUAGAUGAUGCAAAAUAGACCAAAAGAUUUAAAACUGGCUUUGGCGUCCCUGGUUGUCCUAGCUGAUACUGCUCACCCUCAUUUCCCGGGGAUUUGGCUCUGGCCGGGUGGUUGGACCCAAAGGGCUGCUGGGAUUUCGGGAACGCCUCCUGGAAGGGCAAGAUGGGAGCACGGCCGUCCUGCCGAGGAGCCUGCAACUGCUGGUGCUUCACCGCAGCUGUUGCCCGAACGUGGCCACGUUAAUUCAUGGUUAAUUCCCGAGGCUGGUAGUAAAAGCCAUAAACACGCGCUGCCAGGCUGGAGGACCUCUCGGGGUGCACGGUUGGGGCGUUAAAGAAGCGUUUUCUGUGCGAGGAGGGUUUUUUCUAAGCAGGAGAUGAGUGUGAGGUACUCCAUCAUCUUCCCAGUGUGGGCCACGUUGCAGGCGCUCCUGCCUUCCUUGGAAAACAACGGAGGGAGUAUAAAACCCAGUGCCCCCUCUGCUCCAGGGCUGGAAGCAGGUGAGUGUUGGCUGAGUGGAUUUUAUGCCAGCCAGGAGGUAAAGGAGCAGGUAGGGGAGUCCCUGUGACUCCACUACUCCUGUCCCAGCUGAAUUUGACACCUCGGAGGGGGAGGACAGCAUGUGCCAGCUGCAGCGUCCCUCUGGGUCACUCCGGCUUUGCGUUGGAGGAGCUGCUUCUCCUGGAAACUGCCCCGGCACUGGCAAGGAGCUGAUGAAACUCUGGCUGUGGGACGGUAAAAGCAAAGCCCAAAACCAACCCUGCGAGGCCAUUGCCAGGGACUGCCGUGCUGGUGGUGUGUGAGAUGAGAGCCAAACGUCUCCUCUUCUCCAUCCACCCAGUGCCGACCAGGCGCAGCUCACCACAGCUGAGGCUGCUGCAGACAAACAAGCUGGGCAGGGAGUGGUUUGCUUUAACCCAGCCAUGGCUUCCACCUCCUGCACCUGCCUCAGCCUCCUUAAAAGCAUUUGCCGAGCUGAAAAAGCUGGUUUUCUUCCCCAGUGGGCCAGAGAACCUUUGCUCAAACAUCCAUCUUGUGUCUGGCCAUCCUGCUGCCUCCCCCGCGCUUCCCCAGCGUGGAGGAGGAUGGAGACGGCGCAGCCUUCCCCCGCCAGCAUUUGCAUGGGUGGUUUCCUUGUUGUUUGACCCGAGGUUUGGUAGUGCCGGUGCUGGUUGGGAAGGCACCGGCAGCUCUCAGCUUCCUGCUGCAGCCGGUUUGCAUUGGCUCGAUGGUGGGUUUCCCCAGGAGCAGGUUUAUUUGGGGUCUGCUGGGACAGAAAGCACCCGCGUGCCGACUCCGGAUAGUUUUGGCUGCGGGGAUGGAAAUAGGCUGGUGCUUGUUUCUUAUUGCAGUGGAUCUUCCCCGAGUGAGCGAUUUCCUUGGCAGCCUCCCACCCUUGCCCGGGCUUGACGGGAUGGGGAUGGUGAGCGUGAGAUCCUGGCGCUUGUAAACAAAGCUGUGAGUAAGGACGCUUGAAGGGACUGACAUGUGGCUGACAGCUCUGCCAGGCUCGUGCCAUGCCAACGCUCCUGCCCUGCCAUCGGCGGCCCAGGUGGGAGUGGGCUGCUCCACGCUCUUACCCCCGGCCUUCUUCUGCAUCCCGCUUGCUUUAGGCAACAGUAGGAUGAUGAGUGAUGCUUCGCAUGCGGGCACUGCCGUGAGCCAUUUUCUCUGCCAUAAAACCUGAGUGCUUCUUGCAUCUUCCCAAAACCACGGAACGUGCUACAUCCAGCUGCUCUUAAGUUUUUGUGACCAAAGUUUCCAACUUCUUGGGUCUUGCCAAGGAAAACAUUCCCUGGAGUAAGAGUUGCAGACAAGUAUCUGGUUAAAUGAUCCGUACUGCUGAGUGCUAGCAGAGCCCCAGUGAAGUUUCUCUUGGAUAAUUGUCUUAACAGGGGAGCGAAGGGGUCUGGCUGCAUGUUUGUGAUCUGUAGGAGGGCUCCACGUUUCCUUGGGAGCUAGAGUUUGUGCAAGCAGUGUAUACAAAAUAUUUUGGAAACAAACAGAUGGCUUGUCGAGACUUGGAUGGCAAAGAGAGCGCUUGGAAACGGGGAGGCAGAAAUACUUUGACGUUGCUUUUGGAGAGCAGGAGGCUGACGUGGCCGAGGUGUGGCGAGGGGCGGGCGCUCAGCACUGCGCGGGCACCUACCUCAGCUCUGCAGUGCUGCCGCCCAAGAGCCCACUGCCGUGGCCACCGCGCGCCAAAUAGCUCCCGCAUCCGGGGUCGUGUUUAAUAAGGACCAUGAGCAACAGCUACCUGGAUGCUGACGAGGAAAGCGUGAAGGUGCUGCGGCUGACACUGCCGAAUGACCUCCCCGGCGAGAGGCGCGAGCAGGCGAAACAGAAGCCGGUGGGAAAAGCCUUUGCCAUGGUGGCCAACAGAUCCAGCAACGGUCACUCCCUGGCCUCCGAAUGCAUCAAAUCCAACGAUGGCGAUGAGGAGAUCAUCAAGGUUUAUCUCAAGGCGCGGGCUGAGGGUGGCAUGAACCACGACGAACACGUCAACCAGCUGAAAAGUGAAGUUCGUUACAUUCAAGAGGCUAGAAGUUCUUUGAAGAAGCUGCGGGAAGACUUAAGUAGUAAACUUGAGAACAGACAAGGAGAUAAACAGCAUGCACAGGUUGUGCUGGAAAAGCAGAACGGGAGCUGGCUGUACCCUGAGAGGCUGCGUGCCGAUUCCUGGGAGGAGCAGGAGGAGGACUGCUCAGGUGAAGACGUCGAAAAGAUCCGACAGACGGCAAAGAGGCUGUUCACAAAGCUGCAGGAGGCUGAAAAGCGUCAUCAGUUGGAAAAGAAAGCCUUUGAGAGGACAGUCUCGCAGUACCAGGAGGAAGUGGAGCAGACAAGCUCUGCCCUGCGGAGAGCAGAGAAGAGCAUGGUGGAGAAGGAGGUGCAGAUGGAUGAGCUGCAGAGACUCAUGGCAGGGAUGGAGAAGGAGCACAGGAGUUUGCUGCUGAAGAUGAAAGAAGGUGAAGCAGAGCUGGCGAGGCUGAGAAGCGUGGAAGGUGACAAGCUCGCCGAACAAGACCGGUCAGCACAGCUGGAGAAGGAGGUGGCCAUGCUGCGGGAGAAGAUACACCAUCUGGAUGACAUGCUGAAAAGCCAGCAACGCAAAGUCCGCCAGAUGAUCGAGCAGCUCCAGAACUCCAAAACGGUGAUUCAAGCCAAAGAUGCCAUGAUCCAGGAGCUCAAGGAGAGAGUCGCUUACCUGGAGGCUGAGAACCUGGAGAUGCACGACCGCAUAGAGCACCUGAUCGAGAAGCAAGUCAGUCGGGGUGGCCACAGCUCCAGAGCACGCUCGAAGUCGGAGUAUGUGAGCAGCAAAAGGCUGUCAGGCCCCAAGCCACUGCCUCUCAUUCGAGUAGUGGAAACAUGAGUUUCGAGGGCUGGUCCGAGCUGAAGACUCCCCUUGUUAUCGUUGACUGGAUUUCCCUGCUUGACUGCCGUCCUCUGGCCUCUGUGCUCCCAGAGUCUCCCCGGAGCUGUCGGCGGAGGGCUGUGCCCUGGAGAACUGUGGCAGCCGAGGACAGAUGUAGCCGGGGCGGUCCUGGCAGAGGAAGGAGGUUUGGGAAGCGUCCACAUUGCUGUCUCCAUUGGGUCCCAAGGUCACACGGAUGCCAGUUUGGAGGCUGGGACCCACCAGCCCCGGCGUGGACAAGGUGGCGCUCUGGCUGGAGUGCCAGGCUCGCCUUCCCUGGUCAGUCCUGGGUUUGCUGGGGUUGCUCUGUGAGAGCAGCCUUUGCUUCUGAAGGGCCUCAUCCAAACAGAGCCCCCCCUUCAGCUUGCAGCUUGCCAACAUGGACUUGGGGUUACCAUUUUUUGGUUUAAAAAAAAAAUAAAUUAAAAAUUCACUGUUUCAAAGAAGAAAGAAAUCCUCCUUAAAAUGGACUCCUUCCUACAAUGAAGCCCAACGCAUGACAAGUUGGGAGCCUCCACCUCCGAUCUCCAGCACGUAUCUGGCUGCUCCAGACUUGGCCAAGGCUCACGUGGCCAAAAAUCAGUGUAUCACCAUGCUUUUCCCAAGAGCGUAGAGAAAUUGUACCUGACAUACGUGUAGUGUUUAAACCCAGAGGCUGUUUGGUUUGUUACCUGUAUUUAUUUCAAUAAAUUAUUGGUGUUCUUCCAAUGAUGUGGUGACAGGCAUGAUUGCUGCUGUCCACCUCCACAGGAGCACAGUUGAGGACUGCCUGUCCCAUGUUUGAACUGGAAAAUACCAACCAGCUUCCUCUGGGUUUGAGAGUUAUUACCUGUCUCGUGUGUGCCCGUGCUCAGGAAAGGAGCUUGGGUACCUCUAGAGGAAAGUUGUUGGCGUUUGUACUGACCAUGUUAAUACAAAAAUACAUGUGCCUUAAUCCCU